CUGCAGCCCUCCUCUCGCUUUACAGCCUCUCUACUCCGCUCAUCAUUCCCUCCGCCCCCAGCUCCGCGUCCCCCCGCUACUGUCCUCUCUUACAGGGGUCUCUCUCUCCCCAGCGAAGUUUUCAGGACGAUAAGAGCUGCAGGAGUGUAAGGGGAAUACUUGCUAAACUCUGCCUCCUCUAUUAUUUAUGUCCGAGCAUGAUUUAUGAGGAAUCAAAGAUGAACUUGGAGCAGGAGAGGCCUUUUGUCUGCAGUGCCCCAGGCUGCUCACAGCGUUUUCCAACAGAGGAUCAUCUGAUGAUUCACAGGCACAAACAUGAAAUGACUUUGAAGUUUCCUUCAAUAAAAACAGAUAAUAUGUUAUCAGAUCAGACUCCCACGCCAACGCGCUUUCUGAAGAACUGUGAGGAAGUCGGGCUCUUCAACGACAUCGACUGCUCCCUGGAGCACGAGUUCAGGAAGGCACAAGAAGAAGAGAACAACAAAAGGAAUAUCUCCAUGCAUAACACAGUUGGAGGAGCAAUGGCAGGACCUGGAUCCCACCAGCUGACAAACACAAGGAUGCCAAACCACGACACCAGCGUUGUGAUUCAACAAGCCAUGCCUUCUCCACAGUCCAGUUCUGUCAUUACACAAGCACCUUCCACAAAUCGGCAGAUUGGGCCUGUCCCAGGUUCUCUGUCUUCACUACUGCACCUACACAACCGACAAAGACAGCCUAUGCCUGCCUCUAUGCCCGGCACCCUGCCCAACCCUACCAUGCCAGGAUCUUCUGCUGUACUCAUGCCUAUGGAGCGACAAAUGUCAAUGAACUCCAACAUCAUGGGGAUGCAAGGGCCGAACCUCAAUAAUCCAUGUGCCUCACCUCAAGUUCCCCCAAUGCAUUCAGAAGCCAAAAUGAGACUGAAGGCAGCACUGACUCAUCAUCCUGCCGCCAUGUCAAAUGGGAAUAUGAACACCAUGGGCCACAUGAUGGAAAUGAUGAGUUCGCGACAGGACCAGACACCGCACCAUCAUAUGCACUCACAUCCUCAUCAGCACCAGACACUGCCACCUCAUCAUUCAUACCCACAUCAGCACCAGCAUCCAGCACACCAUCCUCACCCUCAGCCUCAUCACCAGCAGAACCAUCCCCACCACCACUCCCACUCGCACCUUCAUGCACACCCGGCGCACCACCAGACCUCACCGCACCCACCGCUGCACUCGGGUGGACAAGCACAGGUUUCGCCGGCGGCGCAGCAAAUGCAGCCCACGCAGACGGUACAGCCACCACAGCCGACUGGAGGUCGCCGGAGGAGGGUGGUGGAUGAAGACCCAGAUGAGAGGAGGCGGAAAUUUCUGGAAAGGAACCGAGCUGCUGCCACGCGCUGCAGACAGAAGAGGAAGGUCUGGGUGAUGUCACUGGAAAAGAAAGCAGAAGAGCUCACCCAGACAAACAUGCAGCUUCAGAACGAGGUUUCCAUGCUGAAAAAUGAGGUAGCACAGCUGAAACAGUUAUUGUUAACACAUAAAGACUGUCCGAUAACAGCUAUGCAGAAAGAAUCACAAGGAUAUCUAAGUCCUGAGAGCAGUCCUCCUGCAAGCCCGGUCCCAGCUUGCUCCCAGCAGCAAGUCAUCCAGCACAACACCAUAACAACCUCUUCCUCUGUCAGCGAUGUCGUGGGAAGCUCCACUCUCACCCAGCUCGCCAGCCACAGAACAGACAUCAACCCCAUCCUUUAAAAGUGGUUGAUCAGAAACUGCUGGGGGAGUGUGGUACCGUAUCAAAGCAUCCUCUCUGCUAAGGACAUUUGAAACCGUAACUCAAGCCUGGAAGAUUCCUCAGUUCUUGAAAGACUCUGGCUAUUCAUUUUUAUAGUUAUUAAAAUGUCUUUUAUACUUAGUUACAUAAAAGGGAGUUACGCAAUUAAUAUUCUAUCAGCUUGAGAAAUGCUUUGGUGCUUUCUCCAUUUUUUUGGUACCAGUUACUUGUUUAUAAACCUAACUGUUUCUGUACAUAGUCAUGUUUCCUUCUCACCAGUCUAGCCUGCAGCCUCAGAAAUACAAAGUUGUGUUAAACUGCAGCUUGUUAGCCAAUGUGAGGCAUGAAAAGUAUUAAACAGUCAAACAUAGGUAACUAGGAGUAAUUAGGCUAUAAAUAUAGACCAAGGGCAUCUGCUGACAGCAUAAUAAAAAAGAGUUAGCGUUGUGCUAUCAGCAGAUCGCGUCUUACAUUCAGAGCCUCUUUCAGAGCAGUUAUAUAGGAUGUGGCUUCAGGACGAAAUCAAGCCCAAAUAGCGCGCUCUUUUGUCUAGCCCUCCCCCUUCUCCUCUCUCCCCUACCCUGGCCUUUUUCUCCUCCAGUUAUUCUCACACCUUCCUUUUCCCUUCCUUUUCAUUUCCCAGCUUUUUUUUUACUUGCUUUUUUUUUUUUCAUUCCAAGGCUUCCUCGCUUCCCUCUUUUUCUCAAAGAAUGGUAAUGAACAAGAAAAACUUCAAGCCCACCUAAAAACUGUCAGCACGACUGCUGCUUUCACUAGCUCUUCAUACGCAGUUGGGCUGUGCCAAGCAUUUGGCUUUUAAAAAAUACAAAUGCUCCUGAUUUAGUGUUUUUAAUAAAUAGGGAAAGGUUAAAACAGCGCAGCCGCAGGUGAAGCAGGAUGGUGGGCCAGCUGUGUUGAUGCUAGCAGCCCUGUAAGCUUCUGUGGUGCAGUAGAGGAAUAGCGAGCAACACCUGAGAGUCACAGCAAUUUUUUGCACUGCCAUUCAUUAAUGUAGGAAAAUCCAUGUAGUAUAUAAUAAUUCGGAAAAGUUCUGUUCCCCAACCUGGUUGCAUUGUUCUAGCAAUGAAAGCUAAGAGCCUCAGGCUUCAUGGGCUAUAAAUGAGAAAUAAAUCACUGUAAUGGUUCUGACCAUUUGGAAAAAUGCCAUUUUUAAUUCCCAGGGAAAGACCUGCUCUCUGCAGGCAUUCCUUUAAACAUUCACAGACUGAUCCCAAGCUGGCAGACAGCAGUGUAGCUUCACUGACUUUAAUGGCACUUAACACCCGCUUACCAUGGGUAAGGAAUUGUUCUUUUGGACGCUAAAUAAUUUUUAGAAGGCACGCAGUGGCUAAAAAAUGCUUCAAGAAUGCCAAGUCCCACACUUGGGAUAAAAUACAGUCCUGCAGAGAGGGUCUGGAAAAGAGCCUUAUGCUACAAUUAAGGUUUUUGUUUGGACUCUGAGCCUGCCCCUCAGCACAACUGAUUUGCAUCCCCAAGUGGUCCCAGUGAUUGAUGGGAAAAUCAGACAGAGAUGAUGCCAGUUAAUUAUGCUGCCUUGCUGUAUGCUGGGACCUGAUUUUGCUCUCAAAUCUGUCAGAGGCAAAACCUCCCACUACUUGCUCAGGGAGCAGGGUCCAAGCUGGUGAAAAAUGUUCAAACAUGUUGAGCUGCAUCUUCAAUAGCAAAAUUCACUUUAUUCCCAGAAAAUCCUCUAGCCCCAAACACACUUUGUUCUGAAGCAAAGCUCUCUUCCUCAAAGACUGUGUGCUUGGUCUUUGGAGAAGUCAUGGGUUUUAAAAGGGUGGGACUCCUCCAUGCAGGAGGGAGACUGAAACAACUGAAGUGUGAGAAGGCUCUGUAAGGAGCAGGGCUUGCCUUGAAGGGAAAGCAAAUUUCUGAGCAUCAUUCAUUGCCGAAUUAGUUCUUAUCUUGGUGACUAACUUUUUAUCAGUAUCCUUUUCUUUAACAGCUCGCUUUCCAUUUAUGCAAAUACAUUCAAAAGAAGAUUUUUAAUGUACAGUGUAAAUCUUGACUUGAUUAUAUAGUCUAAGAACCAAAAAAAAAUUAUGAAAAAAUACAAAUGUAAAGGAUUUUCUAUUAUAUUUUAGACAAACAUAUACUUUUAAAGUGUUUUAAAUAUUGAAUCUAUAAUUUUUUUAAAUCUCCAGUUGUAAUAGCUAAAUGGUUUUGCUUCAUCAUGGCUCCCAAGAGAACUUUUUUCAAAUAUGCUGUCGAGAAAAAUGUUCCAGCUGAAUAUCCACUAUGUAAAAAACCCAAAUAAGCAUUUCCCCCACAUCUGAAUUUCAUCAUCCACCAUCAAAAAGGAAAUGCCAUUGCAAGGUUAAUUUAUAAAACUUUACCUCUAUAUGGGUAGCACUUAAAUACAUUUAAAAAAUUAAAAUCAAAGUUGUUGGUAAUAUUAGAAUACCCAGUUGAGCUACACUGCACUAGAAUUACGGUUUAGCUUCAUUUUAUUCAGUCUCCUCAAUUAAAAUAUUUAGCUGUUAAAAUGAAAGCCUCUACAUUAAAAAGAAAAAAAAAAAAAAGAAGAAAUACAAAAACCUUGCCUAAGUUUUGUUAAAUUCAGCAACUUGACAGUUUGACUGAUGUGUAUUAUAUAUAGCUCAAUUAUUUCUUUUUUUAAUGCUAACUAGGCAAGCCAACCACACAUGUUGGCCUAAAUGUGUAAUUACAAUGAAAUGUCUCCUCUCUAUACUAUUGGCCUUUAGGUAUAAUCCUUGCUAGUGAUAUGGAAAUAAGUAAAGGAUGAAAAGCUAUUUGCUAUUGCUUCUUGUAACUCUGCCGCAAGUUCACAGGCCAAGAUAACAUGCAGCAUAUUUGUAUUGGCUGUAUCAUUGGGAAAAGGACCAACCAUACCAGGCACCUUAUAUUAUUCAUCAGAUUUGUUCCACAUUAAAAUGCUCUUGUUUUCCAGGGGAGUUAUCCUGCAGCCUUUCCUCAGGCUGCUGGUCCAACCAGGCACUGGAGGCUGCCUGAGCAAGGGCUGUGAAGAGGGCUGAGAAGCCCCAGCCCUCUGUCUCCAGGAUGUCCCUCUGCCAUGUGGUCAGUGGCAGCAGCCUCUUCCUAAGCAUGUCACUCUAAAUGCACUUCCUGGGCUCUUUCCAUCAAGGAGGAAUCCUGCUUUUCCACAAACUACUUCUGGAGACUGCUGCACUUUCCUCUUGCCCUGCCAGUCCAGCCUGUUGCUGGGCUCACUAGGCUCUGUGCCCUAACCCACUGCCAGCAGAGGACAACUCUGAUCACUUCCAUCAUCCACUCCCUAGGGCGCUUGCAGGAUGGUGAGCCUUGGCCAGUGCCUUGUUCAGGAAGAGGUGUUACCAUACCAUAGACAGCAUCUUGUGGGUGUGACGUUGGAAGCAGGUUGGAAAUCUCAGCCAUGGAGAACUGCAAUACUUUGAUCACAAAGAAAUGAUGCUGCGAUCCAGCUCUGGCACCCCCAGCCCCCCUUCCCCAAGUCAAUUUAUGCAAGCCAUAUUCAUAACGCUGCCUGUGGGAGACAAGUAGUUUGUGUGCUAUCAUGGUGUGUUUUAUGACAACAACAAUGAUGAUGAUUUAUGGAGAAUUUCAUGCUGUUGGGAGUUAAUUCCUGCUAUGAAGCUAAAUGUCUGCUGCCCAUAUUCUGAAUAGUGGAAAGUCAAUGGUUCAGUGCCUCAGUGCGUGUGGAUUUAGUGUUAAUUACUCAGUCCUGUUAACUAACAAGCCAGCUGUAACUGUUGUUAAAUGCCCAACUUUUAAGGAUUCAUAUUUUUUUAAGCAACAAUAUUUAGUGUUGAAAACUAGCCUUUUAGUUUAGGCAAAAUGUGCUUUUUAGCAGCUAAUACCUUUUUUAAAAAAAAAGCGUAUAGAGUGAAUUUAUGAAAAUUCAUGAGGACCAAAGCAAUUUUAAAACAGGAAUCUAUUAAUUUAGUAUUCACAUAGAAUUUUAUAAAGUAUUUAUUAAUAAAUGUUAUUUUAACACAUUCCAUUUGAACAGUAUUCUUGUACAGAAUCUGUUUUUUUUUUUUUUAAGUUACGAUAUUAGUUUUGCAAUAAACUACUCUAGGUGUGUGUGCAUCUUAAUCUUUCAGGGUCUCAAGCAGAAGUCAUCCAUCUAAGAUGGAACAGUUUGCUGCUGAGGUCAGUUGUACAGAAAUUUCUAGAAUUAAAUGUUUUCCUUAAAGCAGCAUCUGCUUUUUCUUUUUUUUUUUUUUUUUUUAACAAUGAAACAAAUUAUAAACCUUCAGUUGUUUCCUUUGUAUUUCAAAAUGUGCUUUCUCGUUUGAGAAAGCAUGAGUCAACAUAUAACUGGAAAGCCUGUCUCUUUUUUUCUGCUUUUUUUUUAGGGCUGAUUUUAUACAUCACCACAGAAGAUCUAACCCCAUCCUCAUUUCUCAUCUAAUAUCACAUAGUGAGUUGCACUAUACUGCCUUAUCAUUGCCUCUUCAGUCCUCUUACUAAGCAGUGUUCCUUAGAUUUAGACCAUCAAAGCUCCAUUAUACAUCAAUGAAAAUUACUAGAGGGGGAAGAAGAGAAAAAAAAAAAAUCUGUAGACAUAAAACCUAAACUGUGCCUAUAAAACAAAACCAGUUACAACUAAUUAGUAUCUUAUUUCUACAUUUCAAUUAUUUAUAUUCUUUUAAAAUUGCACUUUAGCUCUUGCUGUCUUUCUUGCUCUCCCUUGUUGAAUCAUUUAUAAACACUCUUGUAAAAGUUUUGCACCAGAUACAUUUAUAUGCUUUCACUGGUGGCAUAUCUACAACUUGUCUCUCACACCUGCCCAAGCAGAGAAGCUGAGACCAGCCAGUCUGCAGUGUGACUUAGACUUUACACCCUCUUCAUGACAGCAUAUAAAUGUUUUAUUAUGCAAUGUGUGUGAUGUGAGGCGGCAUCUAAGCUACAUUUUAAUCUCUCAUCCCAAGAACCAAAGUGUCCUGUAUAUCGUAAGGUCAGGAGACUGGCUCUGUUGUGCAUUGUGAGGCACUUUGACUGUUGUCCAACUCACAGUAGCUGCAAAGCUGCAGUGGUAACAGUGGCCAUACUAUGUAUUAGAGUUCUGAAUCAAUAAAAUAUGUUGCCUUAUAACUUGACUAGGGACAGCACCUUUAAAAAGAAAAAAUAGAAGAGACGAAAAGCUUCUAAGAACAAAUAAAAGCAAUAAAAUCUCAAGCGAUUUGAACACCAAAAAAAAUUCAAUUUUUCAACAUCUGAAACCAUCACCUUGCUGCAUAGACAAAGAGACUGUUUACAUCCAUAACUUCUUUUUAGGUUUUUUUUUUUGUUUUUUUUUUUUUUUUUUUUUUUUUUUUUCCCAGAGCUUACAGUUAUCUCAGUUUCAUCAGUGGCUUUAUGCUUAAGAGCUAAAUUGCUCACCAUUAUUGGUUUUCUAUAGCUUUCAAAAUGACUUUAUAGCAAAUCCUAAACUGCAUGAGGCCAAAAAUGUCAGUGUUCACACACACUCAGAGACAAGAUUGAUUCUUUAAGUGGAAAUCUGAUCCUUUCCCAGGCUCUCCUUGGACUGGAAUCAAUAACUGCAACUCGUUAUAUUUAGACCUAUGUGUAAUACCUGGGAUUCAGGAUCUCCAGUUCUACAAUUAUGCAAGUUAAAUGUUAGACUUGCUGAGUUUCACCUGGUGGAACUGCUCAAAAAGCCCAUGGUCAGAGCCAGCUAUUUGAUGCCGUGAGGGUCUUAGGCCCAAAUAUCUUUCUUGACUGAAAAUCUGCAUGACAGCCUUCUCAAUGAAGACUGAAAGCUCCUUCCAGCUUUGCAGAAACUGCAGCAGUAUCCUGGGGUGAGGGAGGUGGGAGAACUGAUUUGGCAUUUCAAGGGAAAUGCCUUCCUUGCUGGAAUCUAGGAAAUUUCAGAGAAAUAUUUUCCCCACCCCACAGUGCUGACAUUGCAAGGAGUUCCCUGACAUCACCUUUAGCAUGCUUCCACAAGACAAACUACUUUGCACGAAAGGUGUAUUUGCUCUUCUGAGUAAGAACAAUUGCCCUGAGAGUUUUGCCAAGGGUUUUACCAUUGGGACCCAAGUGUUCCCCAGCCCAUGGCCGUGAGCUCUGUAUCCCUCUCUCUGUAGCAGCUCUCUUCAAACACUGGGUAGCACUCAUCAGUGAACAUUGCUUCUUUGGACUAUUGCCAUUGUCCUGGUUUUAAGGAACUUUUAGCACUGCUUGGAGUAAGCCUAAACUAUCGAAGUUUAUAUAUAAAUAUAUAUAUAUAUAUAUUAUAUUAAAAAAAAGGUGCUGUCACAGUAAGUUUUGGGCUUGAGGUUGUUUGUAUUGUAUGCAAAGGUUUUGUGUUUGUAUGUCUGUUUUAUUCUGUAAAGCAACCACCUUCCUUACUGGAGGGAGAUACUUUUUUUUUUGGUACAUAAAUGUAAAUACUUGCUGCAGCAUUUAAUAUGUUUAAUUUUAUGUUAAGCUUUUUAUUGCAUUGUGAACCCAUUAUUGUUACAAAUGGACAAUGAGUUCAUUGAGACUGUUCAACUAGGUCAGAUUUUUACAUCUCUUUCUAGCUAGAAGAGAAAGGAUUUUUGUGCAUUUGUACAAAUGUUAAUAAUAUCACUGCAAUUCCAAUAUAAUAAAGCACUCAAAUACAAA